UUAAAUCACACUUUUUGCUGUUUAAACACAUUACAUUUAUGAAUUACAGAAACAAGUAAAACAAUGAAAGGUUGUUCUUGUAAACGUGUGGCAGUGGAAUUUUCAAACAAACAAAAUAACAGCAGAUGUUUUUUCUAUACAUAUCUGAAAGGUAAAUUUAGUGAACACAAGUGAUGUGUUCAUGGUUUACAGAUCCUCUUUAGACGCAAAUUCCAAAUUUUCUAAAAUUAUUUUGCUUUGGGUUACACAUACAAAAUAGUAAAUGGCUGGGAAACAAACUCACUUUGUUUGAAGGGUCUAGUCUGGCAUUACAGAAGUUAUGCCCACGUUUUGAUAAGAUAAUUUAAAUUUUAAUAAAAUUUUAAAAUUACACACUAUGCAAGAGAAAAUGAUAAUUAUCUAGAAAAGAGUUAUAAUACCUUCACUGACUGCACCUAAUAAAUGGGAAAAGCAUGUGCGUUAAUUACAGUAACUAUGGUCACAAAUUUAGCUUUGUGUGUACACUAUACAUACUUUGUUGGAUAAAUGUUUUAGAAAUCAUGAAAUAUAAACAAUUAGUUAACUCAAAAGUGGAGUAAAUGUUAAAAUGAAUAAUGUAGUAUUUAUGUAGACAAACGCAAUUUUUUGUUUAUUAGUGUUUUGCUACAAAUCUUUUUUCAUCUUAUCGAUUAAAUCCUAUCCAUUUCUGGAACAUCCAAAUCGUUCUGCCUCGUAGAAAUAUUUUAAUUACAGAAAGCAAAACCUCGUAUGCUAAUCUUAGUAUUAUCCUUACAUAAGUAGCCUGGAGGAAAAUAUGUUUUUAAUAAGGCCUUUCUAUUGCUGUCUAUUUCAGUGAUAAUGUUAUUUUUCUUUUAAACAACAUGUACAGUAAGAAAACCCGUCCGCUGACCAACGACCAAUAUACUGUGAAAACGGAAGUAUUUUAAUAUAUUCGUAUAAUUUAUUUUCGAGUAAAUAUGAUAAUAUCGCCUCUUCCUCUAUUCCUGCUUUUAAGUGUGGUAUUCUUGUUACUCACGAGGUUUAAUUCAUUACAUUCCCCUGUUUUACAACCCUCCCCCAUUUUAUUACCAGAUUACAUUUCGGAAAGAAAUGGAGGAUUUCUGGAGUGAAGAAAUGCCCAACGUUUCUAUUGUUAAUAGCUAUUAUUACUACUGCUUAAUUACAAAUGAAGUUAAAAUCUUGAAACAAACCUCACAUGAAUAAGCUGUAACCUACUUAAUGGGUUCUGCGAUAUAUUAAAAUAUAUCUUUCGCUUGUGUAAAACAUGGCAGCUGUAAGUUACGAAGUGUAAGCAUACGUAUGACACUAUUGUGUGGGUACGGGUGCCAUUUGAUUAAAGCAAAUCAAAGGAGGACUUCAAGUGUACGCUUCGGAAAGCCACGGAAGACGAAUAUAAAUUUGUUACUUUACGGAAAAGCAGUUCAUUAAUUGCUCAAACGUUUUGUUUUCAGCUCGCUUCCUAUUUUUGCUCCAAUGUUACAGUUUUCAGCCACCCUCGACGUCCCCGUGUGCGUGCGUAAAAGCCGACUGCGUGGUGUUCCUACGCAGGAGAAGGAGGGGGGGAGAGAGAACAACAUAAAAACAACAAAAAAUAAAUGCAGUCAGCCUCACCUCGACCUUACAAUUCACAUUAUCCAGACUAUAUAUUUUUAAAGAACACCCAGUUGCGGCGCGGGUGCCCGGUUUGCCCAGGGCGGAGAGCCUGGCGCCCCUCUCGGGGGGACUACAUGCCGGAGCGCGGACGGCUCCUUGGCGGCCGGGCCCGCUGGCUGCGCUGGCUGAAUGGAGGAGGAGAGACUCUUCCUGGCGAGCGAGCGGUGACAGCUACAGGGCAGACACUGGUGCCCGCUGCACAGCACGGCCGCACGCCGUCUUCUGUAUACUCAAACAGCCCCAAAAAUGGCUUCUGACAGUAAACACGUCGCGCAGCUCAAAUCUGAGCUGUACUUCCUAAUAGCCCGAUUUUUGGAAGCAGGACCUUGUCAAAAUGCAGCUGAGACCCUGAUAAAAGAAGUGGAGGAGAAGGAGCUUCUGCCGAAAAGAACAGACUGGACGGGAAAAGAACACCCCGGGACUUACGAAAAUUUGGUGAAGAUUUACAGGCACGUUGCUCCGGAUCACCUGCUGCAGAUAUGCCGGUGUAUCGGCCCCCUCCUGGAGAAGGAGGUCCCGGCGAGCGUGCCGGGAGUGCAGUCCCUACUGGGAGCCGGCCGCCAGUCUUUGCUGCGCACAAACAAGAGUUGCAAGCACGUUGUGUGGAAGGGAUCCGCUCUGGCGGCUCUGCACUGUGGAAGGCCCCCCGAGCCGCCAGUAAACUACGGGAGCCCUCCGAAUAUCGUGGAAACAGCAUAUGGACGUAGACUAAAUGGAACUUACAGGCUUGGACAACUUGUCCCUACAGCGGUCUAUCAGCAUAUGAAAAUGCACAAAAGGAUUCUAGGGCAUCUGUCUUCAGUUUACUGUGUAACGUUUGAUCGCACUGGCAGGAGGAUAUUCACAGGCUCGGAUGAUUGCUUGGUGAAGAUCUGGGCGACAGACGAUGGGCGUCUGCUGGCCACCCUGCGAGGACACGCGGCGGAGAUCUCGGACAUGGCUGUGAACUACGAGAACACCAUGAUCGCGGCGGGCAGCUGCGACAAAACCAUCCGAGUGUGGUGCCUGCAGACCUGCGCCCCCCUCGCGGUUCUGGAAGGCCACGGCGCGCUCAUCACUUCACUGCAGUUCUCUCCGCUGUGCAGUGGCUCCAAGAGGUACCUCUCCUCCACGGGGGCAGACGGCUCUAUUUGUUUCUGGCAGUGGGACGCCAGGACUUUGAAAUUCAGCCAGCGACCCAGUAAGUUCACUGAGCGUCCCCGACCAGGAGUGCAAAUGAUCUGCUCUUCCUUCAGCGCUGGUGGAAUGUUCUUGGCAACAGGAAGCACAGAUCACAUCAUUAGAGUAUAUUUUUUUGGAUCUGGUCAGCCCGAGAAAAUAUCAGAGUUGGAGUCUCACACGGAUAAAGUUGACAGCAUACAGUUCUCUAACACUGGUGACAGGUUUGUGAGCGGGAGCCGGGACGGGACGGCGCGGAUAUGGCAGCUCCACCAGCAGGAGUGGAAAAGCAUCCUGUUGGACAUGGCCACCAAGUUGUCUGGGAACAAUCCACCGCCCGUAGAAGACAAAGUCAAUAAACUGAAAGUCACAAUGGUGGCCUGGGAUCGACAUGACAACACGGUUAUAACAGCUGUGAAUAACCUUACGUUGAAGGUUUGGAACUCCUAUACUGGACAGCUCAUACAUGUCCUAAUGGGACAUGAAGAUGAAGUUUUUGUACUCGAACCUCAUCCGUUUGAUCCCAGAGUGCUCUUUUCCGCAGGACAUGAUGGGAAUGCCAUAGUAUGGGACCUUGUAAGAGGAGUCAAAAUUCGCUCCUACUUCAAUAUGAUCGAGGGCCAGGGUCACGGCGCAGUGUUCGACUGUAAGUGCUCUCCAGAUGGACAACAUUUUGCCUGCACCGACUCUCAUGGGCACCUCCUCAUUUUUGGCUUUGGCUCCAGCAGCAAGUAUGACAAGAUCGCAGAUCAAAUGUUCUUCCACACGGACUACCGGCCCCUGAUCCGUGACGCUAACAACUACGUCCUGGAUGAGCAGACCCAGCAGGCCCCGCAUUUAAUGCCUCCCCCGUUCCUGGUGGACGUGGAUGGCAACCCACACCCUGCGAGAUUCCAGAGGCUGGUCCCCGGGCGGGAGAACUGCCGAGACGAGCAGCUCAUUCCGCAGAUGGGCAUGACCUCCUCAGGUUUAAAUCAAGUUCUCAGUCAGCAGGUUAAUGACGGAUCUAGUCCCCUGGACACUAUGAUUCAACGGCUGCAGCAGGAGCAGGAUCAAAGGCUGUCUGGGGACGCAGGAAGCAGCAGCUUGAACAGAGGAAACAGAGGCUCUGUGGGCUCUACCUCAGAGGUACACUCCCCUCCCAACGUGGGGCUGCGGCGCAGUGGGCAGAUUGAAGGGGUACGGCAGAUGCACAGCAACGCGCCCAGGAGUGAGAUCGCCACCGAAAGGGACCUCGUGGCCUGGAGCCGCCGAGUGCUGGUGCCGGAGUUACCUCCCGCAAUAGCCAGUAAGCAGGAAAAAUGGAGGACUGCCAAAGGGGAAGAGGAGAUCCGCAUUUACAAAUCGGAGAAGAAGAAGAGAGCACUGCCAAGUCAGAUUCAGAGGGAGGCCAAGCACCAUGUCCAGGAGCCGGCCGGCGAGGGAGGGGAAGGAAGGAGACCGCAGCCGAACCAGCACAACUACCAUACCAGAGCAACCGUGGAAGAGACUGGAAGGCAGGCGGACACGGCCGAGGAGGAGAACAGCUCUUCAGAGGGGGAAGGAGAUGCUCGUCCUGUGAACGGGGACACUUCAGACGAAGAAGGAAAGGCCUGGCCUGAUGACAGCAGCAGCUCAAGCGACUACUCCAGUGAUUACUCCGACUGGACAGCCGACGCUGGCAUCAACCUGCAGCCACCAAAGAAAACCGUGCGCCACAAAAAGAAGAACACAAGCAGUUCAGAGGAGGAUGGGGACAAGAAGAAGGAGAAAGAGAACAAAAAAGAGAGGAAGAAUGAAAAGCGCGACAAGGACGGAGCACUACCAAAGAAAAAGAAGCCAAAAGAAAGAAGGAUGAAAAGGGUGCCUGUGGAGGACUUCCAGGAGCAGGGCCUGACAUUGGAGGAAUGGCUGCCUUCUGCCUGGAUCACAGACACUGUGCCCCGGAGGUGCCCUUUCAUUCCACAGAUGGGCGAUGAGGUGUACUACUUCCGCCAGGGCCAUGAAGCCUAUGUGGAAAUGGCCAAGAAAAACAAGAUUUUCAGUAUAAACCCUAAAAAGCAGCCCUGGCACAAGAUGGAGCUGAGGGAGCAGGAGCUGAUGAAGAUAGUUGGGAUUAAAUACGAUGUAGGGCUACCCACCCUCUGCUGUCUCAAACUGGCUUUCCUUGACCCAGAUACUGGCAAACUAACUGGAGGAUCUUUCUCGAUGAAGUACCAUGACAUGCCUGAUGUGAUAGAUUUCCUAGUUCUCAGACAGCAGUUUGAUGAUGCACGGAACAGGCAGUGGAGUAUAGGUGAUCGUUUCCGCUCUGUUAUUGAUGACGCCUGGUGGUUUGGAACAAUUGAAAGCCAGGAGCCGUUUCAGACCCAGUAUCCUGACAGCCUAUUUCAGUGUUACAAUGUCUGUUGGGAUAAUGGUGACACAGAGAAGAUGAGCCCCUGGGACAUGGAGAUCAUUCCUAAUGAUGCUGUGUUCCCGGAGGAGCUGGGCCUCAGCGUGCCUCUCACCGAGGAGGAGCACCGCCAGCUGCUGUAUGUCCCCCUGGAGGGCGAGUGGGGCUCCCGCACCAGGGACGAGGAGUGCGAGCGGAUCAUCGCCGGCAUCAACCAACUCAUGACUCUAGAUAUUGCUGCUCCCUUUGUAUUCCCUGUGGAUCUUCAUGCUUAUCCGACAUAUUGCACUGUUGUUGCCUAUCUAACUGACCUCAGUACGAUUAAACAGAGAUUAGAGAACAGGUUUUACAGGCGGAUGUCCUCUUUAAUGUGGGAAGUUCGGUACAUAGAGCACAACGCACAGACCUUCAAUGAACCAGGAACUCCUAUUGUAAAAACAGCCAAAUUUGUAACGGACUUACUGCUGCAGUUUAUCAAGGACCAAAGUUGCACUGAUAUAAUCCCUCUGUACAACAGCAUGAAAAAGAAAACCUUCUCUGACACAGAAGAGGAUGAAGAUGAGGAUACUGAUGCUCCUGGUACUUCUACAAGAAAAAAGAAGGAGCACAAGCCCAUGAUAAGAAAACUGCGUAACAAAGCCCAGUCGUACGAUAUUAAAGCCUGGAAGACUCGCUGUAAAGAGUUGCUAGACCUCAUCUUUCAAUGUGAAGAUUCUGAGCCAUUUCGGCAGCCUGUUGACCUGCAAGAGUAUCCGGAUUACAGAGACAUCAUCGAUACUCCAAUGGAUUUCGGCACAGUGCUGAACACUCUUCAGGCUGGAGACUAUGAGUCACCAACAGAGCUGUGCAAGGAUGUCAGGCUAAUAUUCAGCAACUCCAAGGCUUACACGCCUAGCAAGAAGUCAAGGAUUUACAGUAUGAGUCUGCGGCUGUCAGCUCUGUUUGAGGAACACGUCAGCGCUAUCCUGUCCGACUACAAGUCAGCCCAUCGCUUUCAUUCAGCCAACAAACUGAGCAGCCAAAGGAAGAGGAGGCGGAGAAGUACAUCGCCAUCUAGCAGCGCUGCAUCAAGCCCCGAGCGGAAACGCCGGUCAGUCAAAGCUCCGUUGAAACCAGAGCCCUGUGCCGUGUCUCCCUCCCCGGGCCCCUCCCGGCCUGCCACCCUCAGACAGACGGUUCCUCAUGUCAAUGGGAGGGCUGUGGAUUCCCCGGCUGUGGUCCGGACCAGGAGCACCACGCGGUUUGGAAACCAUUCUGGCGUAGAGCCUCCGUCAACUUCAAGCGGGGCCAAAUCGGCCAGUCCAUCCCUCCCUGCCAACAGGAAACCAGUGACUGAAAGUCCCAGCAGGCACCUUAAAGUCCACAACUCUGCAUCCACUCCAAGUUUCUCCAGUGACACAGACAAUGGCAGGAGCUCCUCUGUGGCAGAGACUUCUGGGAAGAAAAAGGUGAAACGGAAACAGAAGUCAUCUGUGGAACACCAGCCGGUGAAUUCCGAGCUCAGCUCUGAGCCCCAGAACAGCAUGCAGCUGAAUGGACACGGUGGGCAUAUACCAAACUACGUGGCAAAGAGGGGUCGAAAACCCAAGUCGGAGGCCAUGGCGAGGGUCGAAAACACUGCGAAGGAAGAGCCUUUUGUAAAGCCAGAGAGCCUUGCAAAGCCGCCAGGCAAGAAGCGAGGACGGAAAAGUAAAAAGGAGCUGGAGGCCAUGCGGGAGAGCGAGCUGUGGGACACGGCAGAGGAGGCCGAGGAGGAGAGGGACCAGUGCGCCAGUGAUGAGGCCGGCACCUCUUCCUCUGUCGCCGCGGUUACAGACACUGCCGCAGACUCGGACCUGGCCCAGCCAAUCAAGUCUCGCAGGGGCAGGAAACCCAAAGGACAGAAAAAGAUGGAGGACCUCCCGCCUGAACCCUCUACUGUGAGUCCAAAGAUGCAGACAAGAAGUAGCAGGAGACAGAGCGAGAGUCUCCAUGAGCCUCCACCGCAGCUUGACGGGGAAUUUGAAGAGGAAGAGGAGGACAGAGGCUCCAAGUCUCCCAUGAAGACUAGGAACCAGGGCCGCAGGACAGCUUUCUACAACGAGGACGACUCUGAAGAAGAGCAGAGGCAGCUGCUCUUUGAAGACGCCUCCCUGACUUUUGGGACGUCCAGUAAAGGGAGAGUUCGAAAACUGACUGAAAAGGCAAAAGCAAAUCUGAUAGGCUGGUAAAAAGAAGAAAAAACACAGCUUUUGCUUUGUGAUAUCCAGGUAAAGAUAAAGCUACAGCACUUGAGGACACUGCAAAUCUUGCUGCUAAUUUUGUACGUUCAUUUGUGAACCUACCUACGUUGGGACCAAAACUGGGUGCUUUUUGCCCACACUUUGAUAGUGAACAUAUUCCUCUUUAUGGUAAUUAUAUUAACUAUUAUUGUUUAGCCUUUGAACACAAUAAUACUGAAAACCCAGAUUUUAUAACGUACACAAAGCUUUUUGGUAGUGGGAUGAUUGUGGAUUUCUGUGGCCUGACUUCAGUUGUGAGACCAUUUAUUAUAAUGUAAAUUGCACAUGCAAAAUCCUACAUUUCUGCUGCCUGAAUGAAAUACACAUGUGGGUCUUCUACAGGUAACACUAUUAGCAUGUCAUAAUCAAAAGGACCAAAAAAACAAAAACAAUAAAGAGACCCAUUCCAAGCUUGUUCCUAGAAUUCUUUAUGUAAAAGCUUAGAUCCUCUUUUAACCUUGUUUGAAAUGGAUGAAAAGGUAUUGCAUUACUCCAGAGAGUUUAAAGGAAUCAUGUUGUGGGAAUAUGAUUUUUGUUUCUACAACAAUUACCUGUGAACUCUGUUCAAUAUCACGCCAUUCAAUGUGUUUCUUUGCCUGGAUAACAGGCCUAAAUGUGUUUUAUCAUCAUUUUAAUGCCAAUGUGGUCUAAAUUCUGUACUUGAUAAAGAGGAUCUAGUGCUUCUGCAUAAAGACAGACAUUGCUUUCCUCGGAUCUUUGGCUACAAGAAGAAAGAUGCAGGCUGCAAGACAAUAAUAGAACAUUAGGUUUGGUUUUAGUUGACUGAAUAAAAAUGUCAUUGUUUGCAGCCAAUAGCUUUCUGACAGUCUUGGUAAGAUUUAGACCUGCACAUUUUUUUCAUUGUACAUAUAUUGCAUGCUUCCACACUUCCAUGUAGAUAGUUUGAAAGAGCAUUGUCUUUCUGUCAAGAGGUCAGCUGAUCAGCACGAUCAAUGAGAUUGUAGGGAAAGUAAUUUUUACCAUGAAAAGAGUGGAGAAAGGCAAGACUCGGGCAGAUGUCCCAAUCAGCUUUAGUCUGCUGUCUCUUAGAAUUACAAUAAAGAGAGCUGAAAUACAGGGGUUGAAAAUGGGAAAGAUUUUAAACUAUUUAAAAAUAUUCCUGCUUCCAUUGUCACCUUCAAUGGGUUGGGUUUGAGAAGGAGGGCAGGGAGUGGUUAAUUAACAAGUAGAGGUUAAUUCUGCAGCAAAAAGCAGAAAUAAAGAAGAAAACAAAAUCCAGAUUUUCAGCUGUGGAGCCUUCACACAUUUGAAGAAGGCUCUAAAGCUGAUAUGUGUCAUUUUCUUCUUUCUAGCCUUCAGCAUGGAAUUAACUUCUGCUUCAUCAGAAUGGGCUGCAAAUGAAGUUUCUUUUUUAACUUAAACCAAAAAAAACUAAGACCCAACUAUAUCUACACUAGCCACUUCAUAAUCUAAAAUUAAUCGAAGGCUAAAAGAUGUUACACCAUUGUGUUAACUUCACAAUCAGUCCUUGUGAGCAAAUGAAUAGUAAGAGCUCUUUUUCCGAGAUGGAGAUUGAAUGCUGGAUUAUAUCACACAUUCAUGGGGGCUGACUUGAUGAGCACUUUCUCUGAAAACUGCACAUCUUUAACGUUUUGGAUUAUCAGUCAUAUCUGCCUUUCCUCAGGCUCUCUUAGGACAACAAUUGGCCUCAAGGUUCAUCAUUCAAGAUGUUUUUUCCUCAUCUAUACAAACUCAAUGGAUAGACUCCAAUAAUGUGGAAUUCAUAUUUUAAGUGUCUGUGCCAAAUGUACGACUGUUAAAAUGUAUUAUGUUUAAUAAUACUAAUCUUAAAUUACAAGAAGAAAAUACCUCACUUGCAGUACUAAGAAACAGAAAUAUGAAGAGAAGACCAUGUUUCAAACUACAUGGAUUAUAGUUUUCAGUAGUAGUUUUAUUAGAUGACUUUAUUCUGAUGUUGAGGAAGAGUAUUCUCAUACUGAAAGAUUUUCACCUUGGUGGGAGAAUAUCGUUGUGGUCAUUCAACGUUCUGAAAGAGCUGAUUACAGUAAGUAGGGAACAAAUGGACUGUAGUCUAAAAACAAAUUUCAGAACUACCUACAAUCCGGUCAUCAAAAAUAGCAAUAAGUCGUGCCUUUAUACAGAUUUAACAUUUACUGUAUCUAAUUGGAAUUACAACAAUGAUACUACAUGUUUUCUUAAUUACAUUUUUGGGAUUCAGAAUCCAGUGACAUAGAUCUCCUUUGGUCUUAGGAACAAAGAUAUUACCAAACCACAUAUGUAUCUCAUGACUUUUUUCUCCAACAAAAAUGUGAGUUUUAUAAAUGUGUGUGAGCUGCAAUUAUCCAAUUACCCAAUUCUGAAAUCUGGUUCAAAUUAAUCACAGUACAGUUCAUUACAAGAAACAUCUAAUGCUGAAGAUGAAAGUUUUUUUUUUAUUCUGGUACCAAACACUUAUUUUUAGGAUGCUUGGGUUUAUGAAGCAGUGUUGGAUAUUUUGGGCUGUUUUUUUUUACUAAAUUUACCUAGAAUUAAGUGUUUAUGUCUUUUCAGUAGUAUUUUUAAAAAUACUGAGCAAGAAAAGAAACUCAUCAAUUAAAACAGAAACAAUUUGGAAAAGGUUAUUGGGGAAAAUGACAUUUUGUAUGGAAGCAGUUGCAGAGAAAUUUAAUCAAACAGAUGUGAUAACAGCAAAUUCAUUAUACUGAUUUGUCAUCAGGGUUGGUCAAUGCAAUCUACUGUGAAAGUCGCAGGUUAUCACCAUGUGUGGCCACUGUUGGAGACAAAACAAGGUGUGCAUAUGUGACAUGCUUUGCAACAGGUGGCAGAUUCUGUGUUAGGUGGUUCUGUCUCAUUUCUCUUGUUCAGCCUGGACAAGCAUGUGCCUGUGCGCUAGUCUUUUAGAAACCACAUGUUGUCCCAGCACAUACUCACAUCCUCAUCUCACAGGGCCGCCAUUGUCACAGGAGCACCAUGAGGACGUGGGUUGUCCUGUAGGAAUGUUGUCACAUUGAGAUGAGCCAGGUUGCCUUCAGUUACUACAGGUUGAGUUCUGUAGCAACUACAUACUUCUAAACAGACCAUCACAAACCUUGAAUGGUCCGUUACAUUGCGUCCACUUUGAAUGGUCCACCAAUUUAAGUUAAUGUGUCCUUCUUCAUAUCUGCACCACACCAGUGGAAAUCCAUCACAAACUCUUGAUUAUUUUUACUGAUCACUUGGCUGCAAUGCUGACAAGUCCAACUGAUUUGAUAUAGUCUAGCUUUCAGCAUCUCAAUGUUGGGUGUUGGUUCUGUUGAUGAGCAGGACAUGUGGGUUCCUUUCUGAGUUUUUCUUGCUUUCUCACCAGGCUGGACAUUCAGCAAAGUCAUCACCAGAUCCCAGUCAGCUCUGUCACGAAUGUGGCGAUUUUAGUGCUAGAGCAGAAGUCGGUCACUUGCUCAAACAGCCAUCUCGCUCAGCAGACUGCACUUGCAGACAUCAUGGUCGGUUAUGAGUGAACUGUAAAUUAACAUUCAAGUCAGUAUACAAAAAAUCUGUAUAUUUUAAGUUUUCAGAACAUGCGUAGUGUUAAUAGAGAAGAAAUUUAUUUUGAUUUUCUUUAUAGCCAUAACUACACAUCGCUAUCAUUACAGCUACUAACAAUUAUGGCUUUGACAAAACCAUAAAGGCUAAAGGCUUGCUUUAGAAAAUAUUUUUUAAAACAUAAACAGUUUUUUUCUGACAGUGAUAUGUAAUUCUUUUGUUUAGAAAAUGUUGGAGAACAACAGUUUGACACUGCUACCUACUGUAUAGAAACUGCCUUUGGAAAGUUAUUUUUCAUUCGUUAUGUUACUUCUGACUUAAAAAAUCAAGGCCAGCAUUUGCACCUAAGCACCUUGUCAUUUAACUGUGUGCCGUUGUAGUGUGACGAUUGUUCUACAGGUAUGUUUGUACUUCCAUGUGUGAUAGUGUAAAAACGUGCAAAACAUAUCACAGAACAAAAGUGUUGUGUCUACCUGUGCACAACAAAAACUACAGAAGACAAUACUAUUGGGCCAUCUUAAGGAAAAUAAUGUAUUAAUCUGAAUUCUGGGAACUAAUGUUUUCAGCAAAGAUGAUUUUAUUGCUGUGCUUUGUGUUUCUUGAUUGUGUUAAUGUUAAUAUAGUUUAACCUUUGGAAAAACAAUAAAUUGAUAGUUGAGUCUAAUAGCAAAAGAGAGGAACACCAACCUCCCAAACUACAAUUUUGUGGAAGUUCAAAUUGAGCUUUUUUGUAAAAAAUGAUUCUUGUCUGUUUUCACAUGAGCUUCAUUGUGUGCGUCUGCAAUGUUCCCUGCCUAAAUAUUUCAGUGACUUCAGUUGAUCUCAUGGCUGUGUGAGCUGGGAACUUUCUGGGAUUUUGGCAUUUUGGAUAUUUUCUGGGUUUUUGAUUUAUAUUAAGCAAGCAGGUUUGAAACUCUCAUCCACACCUGUUUUUUUUAAUAACUUGAGGUAGGAAGUGUUGUGGAAACUAAGACACCUUUAGUCGGUGUGUUUCUGAUGCCAGCACACUAUCAGUAAUGUUUAAGAUGGGCUUGACACCAUUAUGAGGUGAAACAUCUGCGAUUGGACACUUUUCUGCACUUAUGAAACUACUUAAUUGUGACAGCUGAUAGGCCACUCAAGGUGUGGUGAGAAACUUUGCAACACUAUAUAGCAGAAUACACCAAAUCUAGAGGAUGAUUUGUCUUGUUCUGGGCUAGAAUCUGUAUAUGGGAAAGAAUGGACACCUGAUGUAAAUAAGAUGCCAAGAUGAGAAUGAAACCACACAUAGGAAAUGAAAGUGCUUAUCUUGAACAUUGCUGACACAAUGAACUCUGUGCUACAGAAGGGGCUCAUACAGUAGCUGUCCUUCACGUGCAGCUGAGGACUCCUGGUGCUCCUCAAGACCUAAUGCAAGAAUGAGCUCACAGCAAAAUAAAAGGUUGAUUUUGAUGUGGAGUGUGCAGGUGCUGCAAUUGUAGUAGACAAAAAAGUGAGAAUGCUUGAACUGACAUCUUAAAAAUGUAUUCAGGAAGGAUUUUCCCCUUAAACUUUGUUGAAGGGUUAUGGAAUCGGAACUUGUUUAUUAGAAUGCAAUUAAUUACAAUACAAAAAAUGUGUUAUGCAUCGCUUUGCAUGGGGUUAAACCAUAUAUUAAUUACAUUGAGACAUUCAAGGAAAAUCCUGUGUUGAAAAGUUAGAUCCCUAGCAGCAGUGUAGCAGUAUAUUAGGCUUUACAGUAACUAUGAUAAAUCCAGUAUGUGGAGAUGGUGGAAUCUGUAUUCUCGGCCAGAUAAAAGAGGCCUGCUGGAAGUGGCUUUUCCUGGAAACCACUGGUUUGUCGAUAAUGUUUCCAGUACCCGCAUAAUCCCUUUCUUCCUUGAGCCGAGGCUUUCUUUGAAACCUGCGGAAUCGGUAGAAAACAUUUUCCAGCUUUGAAGUAGAGCCUCGACUGGGAAUUCAAAACACUUUGUUGGACAACUUUAGACUUGCGAGCACUGGCAUUUUGACUUCAUUGACAGUGCUCCGCGUCCCGCCUUUACCGCUGAAACGUGACUUAUGCAUUGGAGCGCUGGUCACAUGAUGACAAGCGCGGCAAUCGGCAUGACAUCAUUAUUCUCAUACAAAUCCAUCUCUGCACCAGGCCUUACAGCCUUCACCUUCACAGAUAAUGAACCAGGAGAUUAUCCUCCUGCGCCAUGUGAUGGGACUUAUUGUCUAUGCAGAAUGCGAGGAAGUGUCUCGAGACAUUUUCCCACAAAGCAGAAAAUCUUUUAGGGCUCUUGGUAAAUUCAGAGUGAUUUCACAAAGCAUGAGAUGUAUAUGGUGGGGGGGGGGGUUGCUUUUUGAUCCAGUACAUAAAGUGAGAAUGAACCGUCACUCUCCAGAAUCAUGUUGAAAUCCGGAGGUCAAAUGUAUAUUUGAUCAGUGGAUUUCAAGAAGUGACAGCUGGUUUUGGGGAAGUGGAUUAAAGAGAAAACAGUCCGAGGGCUGAGGGGGAGAAACGGCUGAUUACCUGCAAAGGUAACCAAUCAGAUGUACUAUAUUCUGUACACAUUUUUAGCCCCUGUGCUUAAGUACUCUUAACGUAAUGUGACUGGUUACAUUGUGAAGCUGCCUUUGUUCUUGCUAAAGAACUCUGGACAUAAAAUCUCUGCAGUACAUUCAAGAGCAACAGAUGACCUAUGCGUUUUUUUAUCCUGUAUCUGAUAGAUCCAGCUCAUUUGCUAAAGAUGAAAAUAAACGAAUCCGCCUUCCACAAUGUUUGUUAACGGUGAUAUAUCAUUGAUGUUUUUUUUUGCCAAAGACUAAGAUUCAGAGCAGUUGACCUCAAGUACAUCUGUGUGCCUGGAAUUCAGUUGCCAGUGGUUUCGUGCAGUACCUUCUAAUAUCGGAGUCAGUUGAGUAUCCUGAGCGACAAAGGCGAAUAGAUUGCACUGACAUAAAGUGUGUACAUCCUGUAGAAACAAACUUAAGACUUUUUUUUCUUUUGAGACAAAAAAAAAUUCGACUGAAUUGCUGGAAUGGGGUUUGGAUUUUAUAAAUGGUCAUACAUACAGUUGUGUUGUUGUAUUCAUAUUUAUAUAGCAGAUUUAUUCAGUACUUGUGAAAUCUUAAAGGUACAAUGAAAUGACCUGCAAAUGUGUUUGUAUGUGUAUAGCCAUAUAUGCACUUACAAUGUCUGAAGUUCUUACAGCGUUUAAAUCUUAGCAAAAGAUGUAUGUUAAAUUAUCUCCUGUAUUUUGUUUUGUAAAUUCUCACUGUUUUUAAGAAUUAUUUCCAUUGUUGUCAAAAGUGGCCAAAUCACUUUUAUAUGCAAUCAUGUUUCAUUGAACAUUGCAUGUUCUUUAUCUGCACUUUUCCUGGCACGUGUCUAUUGCUGACACAGAACUAUUCCCAGAAAAAUUCUGUUUAAUGAUUGUGCCUUGUACACUUUUGUACUUUUUCCUUAUGUCUACAAAAUGUAGACAAGGUUAUUCAAGGGAUGAUUAAUUCUAAAGAGCCUUUAAAGAGUUCAUUGCCACUGAAGGUUUGUUUCUUCAAAGCAUUUCUCUAAGAAGGAGUGUGUGACUUUUUGCUUUACAGAAUAGGCUGUCUCAGUGUAGAAGGGUAUUUUUUUAAUAAGAUGGAUGCAGCAUGGACAUUUUCUUUAACACUGUAAUGUAUACAUGCUCAAUUUAAUACUGACUUCUUUUGAAUGUCUUAAAAGUAACCAUACAUAAUUUAUUUAAAAACAAAUUCUUGAUACAGGUUCUGUUUACCCAAAUCCUUUUUUUUCUUUCGUGGAACACUGGAAACCAUUUUUAUUAAAACACGGUACAUCUUUUUAAAUUAAGUGAAGUUAUAGGAAAAUAUGAAAUGUUCUGUAAAAUAAGUGACAAACUUUAUUAUGCCUGUUACCUUUUAUUAAUUAAUCCAAUGUUUGACAUAUCUUGUCAUUGUAAAUUUAAAUAUAGAUAUAUUGGUGUAUUAAACUGGCCUGAAAUAGUAUUUUUAUACUAUCCUGUGCUUAUACUUGUAUGAGAAAUUUUAAUUUUUUUGAUUUAAAGAAACAAGAGACGGACUGCUUGUUAUCCCAUUGCAUUUAAGAGUUGUACUAUACUGUGUAUGUAACUUUUCUUUUGAAACACAGAUUUGUGCUUGUGACCUGUAAAAAUUGGAAUGAAGGUUUGGGUGGAAAAUCAGUGAAGCUACAUCAACUUCAAGUUUCCAAUGUCAUACUGUACUAGAGUGAAAAGCAAAUAUGAAUACGACCAGUACAGCCAGGAUAUUACAAAAGAUGAGGACCUGCUAAAUGCUUGCAGCAUGAAGUUGUCCCUGAACUUAAUAGUGUUCAGUGAACUCUUUCUUACUAGCUGUUCAGACGAUUAUUUGACCUACUGGUGGUAGUGGGGUGGGUGGGACUUUCUAUGUUAGUUUGGAUACUUUUAUAUAAAAGAUAAAGGCAAAAAACACAAAAACUUAGAAUGUAUGUGUAGGGAGUACUGCUGUUAUAUUAGUACAUACUGAUAUUUUUAAAAUAAACAGUUGUGUUUUCUUACUU